AGCUCAUAAUCCGUGUAUCGGAAACAGAGUUUGAGUCCAUUUUGACGGAUGUGUUGUUAAGCAUUGCAUUCAACAGUCGACUACACUGAGUGAAGAUGUCAUCGAAAGUGACAAAAGACACUUUGUAUGAAUGCGUCAAUGGAUUGUUGGACGCAUCCAAAGGUGAUAAUGACGGCAAAAAGCGGAAGUUUGUUGAGACGGUUGAACUACAGAUCGCACUCAAGAACUACGACCCACAGAAGGAUAAGCGUUUCAGUGGAACCGUUCGUUUACGACAUAUUCCGCGAUCGAAGUUUCGUAUUUGCAUUUUAGGUGAUCAACAACAUUGCGAUGAAGCGGCCGCUAAUAACUUGCCGUUUAUGGACGCAGAGGCCCUCAAGAAGUUGAAUAAAAACAAGAAAUUGGUUAAGAAGUUAGCAAAGAGUUACGACGCUUUUCUGGCUUCGGAGUCGCUUAUUAAACAGAUCCCACGUUUAUUAGGUCCCGGACUCAAUAAGGCUGGAAAGUUCCCGUCGCUAUUGACACACAAUGAGAAUAUGAUGUCCAAAGCGGAUGAAGUGAAGUCUACCAUCAAAUUACAAAUGAAGAAAGUGUUGUGUCUGGCAGUGGCCGUUGGAAAUGUUGACAUGAAUUCAGACGAAUUGGCGCAAAACAUCAACUUAACUAUCAAUUUCUUGGUAUCGCUGCUGAAGAAGAACUGGCAAAACAUCCGUUCGCUUCAUAUCAAGUCAACUAUGGGUCCGCCACAGAGAUUGUACUAAAUAUUGAUAUUUUGCAAUUGUUUUGCGGACUUUUGAAUAAACAUUGAUUAUU